CUCGAUUUCUUUUAAUCAUCAAGUGAUUUUUGAUUUUCAUACUGAAUAGAAACUAAAAAUAUUGUCAUUGGCCUAAAAGCUAAUUUCAGAUUUUUCAUCCUACCAAGGCGCAAAGACCUUUGAGGUAUUUAUCAUUUGACCAUGUAAUUUACAUUUAAUUAUUUUUUCCCCCACAGUGCCUAUACAAAUUCCGUCAAAUUUAUGAAUAAAUUGAUUCCAAAAUAGAGGCACCUUUUGAUUCUUUCCCUUUCCUUUCGCCAAAGCCCUAAACCCUGCACCACCAGCUGAGAGUCUGGCCAAACCAGCCAUGGCGGGAGACCUCAAAAUCUCCGAGAUGCGAGACCUAACCAAAAUCGAACGGGUCGGAGCCCAUUCCCACAUCCGUGGGUUGGGUUUAGAUUCGGCGCUUGAGCCGCGGGCGGCGUCGGAAGGCAUGGUGGGCCAAACCUCUGCUCGGAAGGCUGCCGGAGUUAUCGUGAAGAUGAUUCAGGAAGGAAAAAUUGCGGGCAGGGCCGUGCUUAUUGCUGGGAAGCCAGGUACCGGCAAAACCGCUAUAGCCAUGGGCAUGGCUAAAUCCAUCGGCCAAGAAACCCCUUUCUCUAUGCUGGCUGGCAGCGAGCUGUUCUCCUUGGAAAUGUCCAAAACGGAGGCCCUUAUGCAGGCGUUUAGGAAAGCGAUUGGUGUUAGGAUUAAAGAAGAGACGGAGGUUAUUGAAGGUGAGGUGGUGGAGAUUCAAAUUGACCGGCCGGCGGUGGCCGGAGCGGCUUCGAAGACUGGGAAGCUGACCGUGAAGACAACGGAGAUGGAGACCGUUUACGAGCUUGGGGGAAAGAUGAUUGAAGCUUUGGGUAAGGAGAAAGUGCAGAGUGGAGAUGUAAUUGCUAUUGACAAGGCUUCUGGAAAGAUUACUAAGCUGGGGAGGUCCUUUUCAAGAUCCAGGGAUUAUGAUGCAAUGGGGCCGCAGACCAAGUUCGUGCAAUGCCCUGACGGGGAGUUGCAGAAGAGGAAGGAGAUUGUGCAUUGUGUAACUCUCCACGAGAUCGAUGUUAUCAACAGCAGGACGCAGGGGUUUUUAGCUCUCUUCACUGGUGACACUGGUGAAAUUCGUGGCGAAGUGAGGGAACAAAUUGACACAAAGGUUGCGGAGUGGAGGGAGGAGGGAAAGGCGGAGAUAGUACCUGGUGUUCUUUUUAUUGAUGAAGUGCACAUGCUCGACAUCGAAUGCUUCUCAUUCCUAAACCGUGCCCUAGAGAAUGAUAUGGCUCCUAUUUUGGUUGUUGCUACCAACAGAGGUAUCACAACAAUCCGUGGCACUAACUACAAAUCUCCGCAUGGCAUUCCACUAGAUUUUCUUGAUCGCCUUCUCAUCAUCUCCACACAGCCAUAUACUGAAGAAGAUAUAAGGAAAAUUCUGGACAUCAGGUGCCAAGAAGAGGAGGUAGAAAUGUCUGAUGAUGCAAAGAUUUUAUUAACAAAAAUUGGGGUUGAGACAUCAUUAAGAUAUGCCAUACAGCUUAUAACAUCUGCUGCAUUAGCUUGCCAAAAGCGCAAGGGAAGGAUAGUGGAGAUAGAAGAUAUCAGUCGUGUGUAUGAGUUGUUUUAUGAUGUACACAGAUCGACUCAAUACUUGAUGGAGUACCAAAGCGAGUUUAUGUUUAGUGAGGUGCCAACCGGUGAAGGAAACCAAGAUGAUGCCACACCCAUGGUCUCUUGAGGAAUACAGGCUUUUCUUAGCUGUAAGAUUCUGAAUGUAUGUUAGGACUGAACUUGAAUGUUAUUUCUGGAAGGAUAACGAGGCACACAUGCGUCCUUUUGCAAGUUGUUUUGUAUGUUUUACUUGCGUACUUCCACUUGUAUAGGCAAUUGCAGCUCUUUAGUUUUGUUUUUUGUCUCUGAUUUUGUGUCCCUUUUUUAUUUUUUCAAACUGAUUCUGCACUGAAACAGUCUCAUGAACGAUAUGAAAGUGAUUCAUCGUAUUUUUUUCGUAGAUGUCAUCAUAAUCAAAUAGGCCUGGCAAAUCUGACCCGCGACCCGCGGGUUUAUUCAAUCCGUAUGUGGGUUGGGUCAAAAGGCUUGCAGGUCAAAACGAGUCGCGGGUUAGAAUGAGUAUGUAAGAGACGGAUUGGGUUGGGUUGGGUUAUCAUGACCUGCUGGUCAAGACGGGUCACAAAAAAAAUAUGGAGCAACUUCAUAUGAAUGAUGAAUCUAUUGCCAACUUCGACGGCAUCUAACCAGUGACCAACUUCAUCUGCCGUUUAUCGCAGCUAUUGUCACCUCCCGUCUGCAGAUCCGCCACCAAAAAUAAGAAGAAAUUUUCAUUUUACUAAAUUACAUCCUGGGCUCAUAAAUAAAACAAUGUUUUUUCAAAUUUAAAUCCUAAUCAGAACUCAGAAGGCAAAUUAUCAAAAUAGAAAAGGGGAAAAGGGCCCAACUUGAAGCUAACAUGGUAAACGAAGGGCGAAAGAUGGAUCGGGAAGUCGGCCGUUUGUUUGGGGAUAUGGAAACUGGAAAGUGGUGGGGGUGGGUUUGUUGAGGUGUUUGGAAGGAGGGGAAG